CUCGAGUGCGCCAGGACAAACACACAACCGCUUUUCUCUCUCCUCUCCGGAACACGCUUCCCCCACCGCCGAUCCGUCACCGACUCGUUGUGCUGUCUCUAUUAGAGCUCUGCUUAGUUUUACUCUUCUUCCCACACCUCCUACCUCAACCUCGACAAUUGCAGCCGCAAAUGCAACACAUCUUCGCGCACCAGCAGCAGUACCCGGGCGAGUGGUCUCAGGGCCACCACCAGCAUCCAAAUCAGCAUGUAGCCCAGCAUGGCCAGCUUCACGCGCAAGCCCAAGCUCAAGCGCAGGCUCAGGCCGCCGCUGCCGCCGCCGCAGCAGCUCAACAGCAGCACUACAACCGGAUUGCGGGUAACAACGGCACUGCCAUGCCCGGCAGCGGAAUUAUCCCCCGCGGGCCUGCCAACGAUAUUCAAGGGCAGGCCGAGAUUGGCAUGACAGAGGAGAACCGACGAGUGCUUGAGUGGAUCGCCCAGCUGAUGAAGCCGCAAACGAGGGAGACCGCCCUGUUGGAGCUCAGCAAGAAGCGUGAGCAGGUGCCAGAGCUCGCUCUGAUCCUCUGGCACUCAUUCGGCGUCAUGGCCUCGCUGCUCCAGGAGAUCAUUUCCGUCUACCCGCUCCUCAACCCCUCGCAGCUGACCGCCGCUGCCUCGAACCGCGUCUGCAAUGCCCUUGCGCUUCUUCAAUGCGUCGCUUCUCACACCGAGACCCGUGGUCUCUUCCUGAGCGCUCACAUUCCGCUGUUCCUUUACCCGUUCCUCAACACGACGUCCAAAUCUCGUCCCUUUGAGUACCUCCGCCUUACCUCGCUCGGCGUCAUCGGCGCACUCGUCAAGAACGACUCCUCCGAGGUUAUUAAUUUCCUCUUGACGACCGAGAUCAUCCCGCUCUGCCUGCGCAUAAUGGAGACGGGAUCCGAGCUUAGCAAGACCGUCGCUAUUUUCAUCGUACAGAAGAUACUACUGGAUGAUAUUGGUCUCGCAUACAUCUGCCAGACCUACGAGCGGUUCUAUGCCGUUGGCACCGUCCUCAGCAACAUGGUCAACCAGCUGGUCGAGCAGCAGACCGUCCGCUUGCUCAAGCAUGUCGUCCGCUGCUUUCUUCGUUUAAGCGACAAUGCCCGCGCUCGUGAGGCUCUCCGCCAAUGUCUUCCGGAGCCCCUUCGCGAUGCUACCUUCUCCUCGGUCCUGCGUGACGAUGCCGCUACGAAGCGCUGCCUCGCCCAGCUCUUGAUCAAUCUCUCGGACAACGUUGUCGAGCCGAGUAAUAACCAGCAGCUCCUCCACUAGGGCGGUCAACAACUUCAUAUGGGACACGCUCCGGCUCCGUCGAUUCCACUUUGGGCUCGUGUGGAUACCUACUUCAUGCUUUGUAUCAUAUGGCUUUGGCUAUUUUCGAGGCGGCUCUUCUUAUGGCGACUACAUACCCCUUUUUUCCUAUGGUUUCUUUCAAAAGUAGGUGCAUCGGCACGACUCGAUUGGGCGCUGGGCACCUCUGAUGCGAUACCCCGUUGCGACAGUAUCUUCAGGAUCUGUAGCAUCUUUUCCUUCUCAGGCUUGCAUCUAACUCCAUUUCACGAGUGACGGACAUGGCUCGGAGUUUUGGGUUUCUCUGCAUAGGAUCGGAGUGACUGGUCUCUUGGAAAAGCGAUACUGUAUACUAGCUGGGAGGGUACGUGAAGCGAUGUACAGAAUACUUAUUCUUGUUUUCGAAGGUGCACUGCCAGUAUUCCUCGGACAUGCAUCGAUGGAGGGAGGUAGUCUGCAGGGCAAUGGGUGCAGCGCAA